CGGGUCUGCCUUUGAUUAGAUAUACUUGGCAUCGGAUAUUAUACGAUUACUCUAGGACAUUCCCAAGGUACUUUCACUUUCCAUCCUCGCAUUCAUCGCCGGCAUUUUCUGCCUGGCACAAAAGAUCCUCAGCUCCCCCAACCAACAGACUCCCUAGGCGUUCUCCUCUCCUGCGUGCCUCCUGAACUCUCUCCACAUGUCCUUCGCCAGCCUUCCCUCCGAGCUCCGCUCCUACAUCUGGAGCUUGGCCGUGGCGCCUCGGCGCAUCACAAAUGUCCGCGCCAAGAAGAGCGAGGGCAGCUUCAGCAAGAAGCAGCGCCUGAAAAGCAAGGAUAUCCUCUACGAGACCACGUCAACGCCGCCCCCGGCUCUCAUGCAUGUAUGCCACGAGUCUCGUCAGCAAGCGCCCUACCAGCGCGCGUUUACCGCGGGCACCGAGCCGCGCUGGACGUGGGUCAACUUUGACCUCGACAUUUUCUGCGUCUCGAGCCUCUACGCCAUUCAAGACCUUGCGUCUGUCUCCCAGCAAUCCGACGUCCAGCGGCUUCAGAUUCGGACUGACGACCAACCUGACUGGUAUGAGUGGGCUACCACUUAUAAUGGGCUUUCCCCUCUCUGUAAAUUAGAGAGCCUCAGGGAAAUUCAGGUGGUGUUAGAGCUUGGUGAUGCAAUGUGGGGAGAUGUGUUUACGGACUGGGGCUUUGGAUGCUGUCCUGAAGAUAAUAUUACGUUUCUCGACGAGGGGUCUGGGCUUGUGCUCACUGGCCCUCAGCUGAAGAUGGUGGGCGAUUGGCAGACGGUAUUCUCGUUUGACAGGGAGGGAAACCCGCCUGACCCGGAUCAUCUCUCGGAAGAGAUUGCUCAUGCCCUUGACGAUUCUUGGCACAUGACUUUAGCACAAAUGCACGAGAUGGAUUGAAAAGGUGUAAAUUUGACUAGUGUCUACAUGUAGUGUUACCAAGUAUAAUAAUGAAAAGCACAAGAACAUGAUGGGGCCAUGUUAGGGGCCGC